AUGGACGACGCAUCUGAUCACAAUCACCAACACCAAAACAAUGAUAAAACUGAUUCCACUGAUAAUCAAAACCAACCCAAAAAUCCAUCCUCCCCCACCAAAACCGCCGGAAGAAAAGGCAAAGGCAAAGGCGGCCCCGACAACAGCAAGUUCCGUUACCGCGGCGUCCGGCAGCGGAGCUGGGGCAAAUGGGUGGCGGAGAUCCGCGAGCCUCGGAAAAGGACGCGCAAGUGGCUUGGAACUUUCGCCACCGCCGAGGACGCCGCUCGCGCAUACGACCGCGCCGCCAUAAUCCUCUACGGCUCCAGAGCUCAGCUCAAUCUCCAGCCCUCCGGCGGUUCCUCUUCUCAAUCGUCCUCUCGCGGCACGUCCUCUUCUUCUUCCUCCUCCUCCUCCGCCCAAACCCUCCGUCCUCUUCUCCCUCGCCCCUCCGGCUUCGGCCUCACCGCUACUUACUCCUCUUCCGUCGCCGCCGCCGCCGCCUCCGCCCUCCCGUUCCUCGCCUCCUCCCCAGGAUUCGUGCCGUGCGGUUAUGUUCAUCCUAGUACUACUGUCGGUACGGUAGUGCAUAACAAUCCAGUGCAAGUGCAACAGUAUAAUAUUAUUCCGUAUCAUAAUCCGGUAGUGUGUGAGGGGAUGGUGAGUUUUGCUGGUGACCCCACUACUUCUUGUACUACUACUACUACUAUUACGGCGACAACCUCGUACUUUCCGAGUUAUGUCGACCCUUGUGGUGUGGAUGAUAAUCAUCAUCAUCAGUAUGGCCAAUUGUUACAUGAUCAAGCACAGCAUCAUCAGCAGGCCCGUCGCGAUGAUCUGACGGUUCAGGAUUGCAGGUAUAAUGUUGAUCAUCAUAGUCAUCAUCAUGAUGAUCAAGUGAGUAGUUUGGUGGGGGCGGUGGACUCGAGCUUGUCGUUGUGCACGCAGGCGAUGGUUACACCGGUGGUCCCGGAUCCGAUCGGGGCGGUGGGACCAGUGUCGCCGAUGAUGUGGCCGUUGAUAGAUGACGUGGAGUGCCCGCCGAGUAUUUGGGACUACGGCGAUCCCCUGGCGUUUGAUUUCAGAGGAUCUGAUUGA